AUGAUAAUCAAAAAACGUUGCAAUUAUGAAAUGGGAGGUUUUGCAUUGACCACACUGGCAUGGAUAAUUUGCUGCAUCUCUAUGGGCCUACCUGAGUGGCGAGUGUGGUACUUCCAAGACCCUGUUUCCUCUAAGCCUACCACAGCAUUUGUGGGCAUGUGGAGAGUCUGUGCUUUCAACCAUGAUGACAGAAUCAGAAACAUCAGAAAAUGUCGCCAAUACCACUAUCAUGACAUCUUCAUUCCUUUAGAUAUCCAAGUGGUCCAACAACUGCUAUUGGUUUCUAGCUUUCUUGGGCUAGUAGGAAAAAUUACCACCAUUAUUUCCCUUUGGAAUGUAUAUGUCGGAAGAGUAGAGAAAAAUGCUAUCCACAAUCCAUUUGGUCUCUCGGGGAUGCUGAAUGUCACUGCUAGUAGCUUUAUUUCUCUUGCUGUAUUGCUCAAUUUUGUAUCCAUCCUACUCAAGGAGGGAAUAGCAUUCCCACCAUCUUUCCAUAUGCCUUCCCACCCAGAUGCUCAGGAAAUUGGAAGUGCUAUGACCUUGGCAAUUAUAUCAGCAAUUUUGUUUUUAUUAAGUGGUAUAAUUUUACUUUCUUCAAAUAUUUCCAGAGGCAAAUCAGCACAUAAUAAAAUUUAG